AUGGGUAUUCCAAAGUUCUUCAGAUUUAUAUCAGAGAGAUGGCCAUUAAUAUCACAAUUAGUUGAUGAAAAGCAAGUACCUGAAUUUGAUAAUUUAUAUCUUGAUAUGAAUUCAAUUCUACAUACUUGUACCCAUUCAAAUGAUCCAACAAUAACAAGAUUAAGUGAUGAACAAGUAUAUGCAAGUAUUUUUAAUUAUAUAGAACAUUUAUUUCAAAUUAUAAAACCAAAAAAGACAUUUUAUAUGGCUAUAGAUGGUGUUGCCCCUAGGGCCAAAAUGAAUCAACAAAGAGCCAGAAGAUUCAGAACUGCAUUUGAAGCUGAACAAAUUCUCAAAAAAGCCAUCGAAAAUGGUGAAGAAAUACCUAAGGAAGAUCCUUUUGAUUCAAAUGCUAUUACUCCAGGUACUGAAUUUAUGUAUAAUCUUACAAACAAAUUAAAAUAUUUUAUUCAUAAAAAAGUUUCUACGGAUUCUUCAUGGUCGCCCAUUAAUGUUAUUCUCAGUGGCCAUGAAGUUCCUGGAGAAGGUGAACAUAAAAUUAUGGAAUAUAUAAGAGCAAUUAGAUCUCAAGAUGAUUAUGAUUCAAAUUUGAGACAUUGUAUAUAUGGUUUAGAUGCAGAUUUAAUAAUGUUAGGUUUAGUUAGUCAUGAUCCGCAUUUUGCUUUAUUGAGAGAAGAAGUUACAUUCGGAAAUAAAAAACUGAGUCCUACAAAUUUAAAUGAUCAAAACUUUUUCCUUUUACAUUUGUCAUUAUUGAGAGAAUACCUUGCACUUGAAUUUCAAGAAAUUGAAAGUCAAAUAAAUUUUGAAUUUAAUUUUGAGAGAAUUUUGGAUGAUUUCAUUUUGAUUAUGUAUGUUAUUGGUAAUGAUUUUUUACCCAAUUUACCUGAUUUACAUAUAAAUAAAGGUGCAUUCCCAUUAUUAAUUGCUACUUUCAAACAAACUUUAUUACAAUCAGAUGGUUAUAUAAAUGAAGAUGGUAAAAUAAAUUUGAAGAGAUUGUAUAUUUGGUUUAAAUAUUUAUCGCAUUUUGAAUUUGAAAAUUUUGAAAAACAAGAAGUAGAUGUUGAAUGGUUCAAUAAAAAAUUGGAUGAUAUUUCAAUAAGUGGUGAGAAAAAGAGGAAAAAGAUUGGAAAAUUGUUAAUCCUUAAAGAACAAAAGAAAUUGGUUGGAUACAUAAAACCUUGGUUAUUAGAAGUUGCAAGUCAACCCGUUGAUAAAAUUAUAGCUUUAGAAAAUGAAGGAAAAUUAUCAACAUUAAAAUUAAAUAAAGAAGAUGUUGAGAAAAAUUUGGAUUUUAUAAAAGAAUUUGCAUUAGAAGCUGGUUUCCUUAUAAUUCAUUCAAAGCAAGAAGAUAGUUAUACAACAAAAUAUGAUGUCGAUGGUUUAGCAUCAGUUGAAUCAACAGACGAGUUCGAUGAGAGAUUAAAUGAGUUGAGGAAAACUAUUAAAGAAUAUCAAUCUGCAAAUUUGGUGGAGAGUGAAGAAGUCUUACAAGAGACGAAAGAAGUUUACAGUGAAAAGUUUAAACAUUGGAAAAACGAAUAUUAUGAAUCUAAAGUACAUUUUCCAAUUACUGACGAAUUUCAAUUAACUGAAAUGGCAAAACAUUAUGUUGAAGGUUUACAAUGGGUUUUGUAUUAUUAUUAUAAAGGUUGUCCAUCAUGGAAUUGGUACUACAAACAUCACUACGCGCCAAGAAUUUCCGACAUUUCAUUAGGUAUUGAAGCAUUGUUGAAAGAAGAGACUGAUAUUAAAUUUGAUUUAUCACAUCCUUUCAAACCAUUUGAACAACUAAUGGCUGUUUUACCAGCAAGAUCAAAAAAAUUAAUGCCUGCUGUAUAUUGGCCGUUGAUGACGGAUGAGAAAUCACCAAUUAUUAAGUUUUAUCCAAAUGAAGUCGAUAUUGAUUUAAAUGGCAAAACUGCAUCCUGGGAAGCUGUUGUUUUGUUAGAUUUUGUCGAUGAAAGGAAGUUGCUCGAAGCUUUGAAACCAAUUGAAUCAAAGUUAAGUAAAGAAGAAACUGAAAGAAAUUCCUAUGGAGUAGCCCUUAAAUUUUACAAGAAUGCAAAUAUUAAAAGUCCGAAUGAUGACUUUUGUCAUCACACUGAAUUUGUUUUACCAGCUUUCCAUGCUGAGAAAACGGGUUUUAUACAAGGAGCUAAAACUGGUAUUGAUUUGCAUGCUGGUUUCCCAUCAUUAUAUUCAAUUCCAUUUACAUCUGAAUUAUUACAAAAUGAGAUUAAGAUUUUUAAUUUUCCUUCCAGAUCAGAAUCAAUGAUUUUACAAAUUGAAAAUACCUGGGCAGAUUUAUCAACACAUCAAUUUGCACAGAGAUUUAUGAAUAAAAUUGUUUAUGGUAACUGGCCAUAUUUGAGAGAAUACAAGAUAGUGAAGAUAAUGGAUGAAGAAGCAAAAUAUGAAUUUAGAAAUAAUAAUUUAUCAAUUUCAGAAUUAAGUCAAGAUGAUAAAAAAUCAUUUCGUUCAGACUCAUUAACUUCAAAAUUGAAUUAUGACAAAGUGAAAGGUGUAAAAUUAGAAGAAGUCUCAACUUUAGUUUAUGCAACAGCAGUAAAUGGUUUAAUCAGAAAUUCAAAUGGUGCUUAUGUUAAAACAUUUGCGAAAGAAACUGAAAUUUUCCCACUCCAAUUAAUUGUCAAAGAUGUGAUUAAUAAAGAUCAAAGAUUUGCAACAAGACCACCUUUGUCAAUUGAAGAAGAAUUUCCGAUUAAUUCUCAAGUUGUUUUCCUUGGUGAUUUUGGUUAUGGUGCACCCGCAAAAGUUGUAGGAUAUAAUAAAAAUAAAUUGGCCAUUAAAAUUUUUAAAAUUCAAUCUACUCAAGAACCAAAUAUAGGUAAAAAAAGAUUGGCUAUUGAAAAUAGAGAAAUUAAGUAUUAUCCAUCAUUUGAAGUUGCUAAAACUUUAAGAAUUUCACCUUUAUUAUUAUCUAAAAUUACAUCACAAUAUAUCAUAACCAAUGAAAAAAAUCAGAAAGUUAACAUUGGAUUAGAAUUAAAAUUUGAAUCAAAAAGACAAAAAGUAUUAGGAUAUACUAAAAAAUCAUUAAAUGGGAAGUUCUGGGAAUUUAGCCCAUUAGCAAUAAAUUUACUUCAACAAUAUAUUCUGAAAUUUCCUAAUUUAUUCAGACGAUUAAAUCAAUUGGGACCAUCAGAUAUUCCUAAUAUCUCUCAAGUUUCCAUUCCUGAUGAGUGUAAAAAAGUUCGAGAAUGGUUAAAAGAAGUCAAAUCUGAAUUGAUUCCAGUUUCUUUAGAAUCUGAAUCUUUUACUAAAUUUUCAUAUCAAGCAAUUGAACAAUAUAUGAACAAUUACAUACUAAAUCAAGUUCCAACAAUCAAUAAAGACAUCAAAGGAGUUCCAAGAGAAGCAAUCUUGAAUGCAUCUGAGUCAUAUCAAUUAUUAGGUGAUCAAAAGUUUGAAUUAGGUGAUAGAGUAAUUUAUGUACAAGAUUUUGGCAAAGUUCCAAUAUUAACAAAAGGUACAGUUGUUUCUAUAUCAACGUUAGGCUCAAAAACUUCAUUAGGUGUUAUUUUCGAUGUUGCAUUAUUGAGUGGAAGUACAUUUAAUGGUAAAUUAACUUCAAAUAGAGGAUUAAUGAUUGAUUCAUCAUUAGUUUUAAAUUUAUCAAAUAAACAAUUUGUAUACCAUUCAAAAGCUUCGCAAGUUAGAAAACCAAUGACUUAUGAUGAAAAAAUAGCAAAAUUAAAAGCAAAUGAACAAAGAAAAAAGGAGAUGGAGAUUAAAAAGACAGAAGAAGAUCAAAAGAAUAAAUUUAUUGAGAACAAGAAAGGAAGUAAUGAAUUAUUAUCAUUGUUGAAGAAAAAAUCAGAUAAGAAAGAAGAUGAACAAAAGAACGAAGAAAAGAAGGAAGAAGAUGAUAAAAAAUCAAAUACUCGUGUCUCCAAUCCUCAUGCAAUUAAAUCUGUUUAUAAUCAAAUUUAUCAAGAUGUAAUGAAUGAUGGUCAAAUUCCACAAUAUCCACCUGUCCAAAUGUUACCCUAUGGAGUGCCACUUCCACAUAAUGUUCCAGCACAAGCUCAUGGUUAUUAUCCACCACCUCAAUAUUAUCCACAGCAACAAAUCCCACCUCAUCAACAAGCUAUUCCUCAACAACAACCAAACUUACCUGAAAGUAGAUCAAUUCCAUAUUAUUCGAAUGACAAUGAACAACAAUCAUCAGAAAAUAAUGUUAAGAGAGGUGGUCACGGGUAUAGAGGAAGAGGAAAUCCUAGAGGUGGUUUUAGAGGUAGAGGUGGACAUUACAACAAUACUUCAAAUGGACAUCAUGGACAUGGAACUAAAAAAAUUUUAAAACGUGAAUCGAAUAAUGAAAAAAAUAAUGAAAUAUCAUGA